AGAGGGCCAGGGGGGACGCCUGAACCCGGGACCCACAGCGCGGAAGCGGCCUGGGGUUGAGCUACAGACAGACCCGGGGAUGGAGGGAGCCGGAGGAGAGGCGUGAGGAGGCCGAGGGGGUCGGCCCAGCCGUCCUCCCGGGCGAGCAGGGAGCUGCAGGCGCUGGGCAGGCCUCGGGCGGGGCGGGGCGCCCAGGGCCAGCGCCCUCGGCGGCGGGCGAGGGUCCGCAGCCCCCUCCCCUGGAGCCGGAUUGGCGCGUCAGGCGCUUGUGGAUCCGGGGUGGGAUUGGGGAGGGGUCUCCGGGCCGGGGUCUCCGGCGACGUGGAUUGGGGGGCUCGCAGUGCUUAGAGAUCCGUGUGGGCCGGGGGUCUCGGCGUUCGAGGCCUCGAGGCCUCGGUGCAGAGGCCGCUCCGCGUGCCGGGGUCACGGCCCGGGCGCCGUCGGGGCUCCGGGGUGCGGGCGGGGGGCCACACAGGGUGAGCCAUGGCCACCAGGCGUUUAACCGACGCUUUCUUGUUGUUGCGGAAUAAUUCCAUCCAAAACCGGCAGCUGUUAGCCGAGCAAGUGAGUAGUCACACCACCUGCAGCCCUCUGCAUUCACGUAGCAUUGCUGCGCUUGCCGACGACCGCAUGGCGCUGGUGCCGGGCAUCAGCCUCGAUCCAGAGGCAGCGAUCGGCGUGACCAAGCGCUCCCCUCCAAGAUGGGUGGAUGGAGUGGAUGAAAUCCAGUAUGACGUGGGCCGGAUUAAACAGAAGAUGAAAGAACUAGCUAGCCUUCAUGACAAGCAUUUGAACAGACCCACGCUAGAUGACAGCUGUGAGGAGGAACACGCCAUUGAAAUAACCACCCAGGAGAUCACGCAGCUCUUCCACAGGUGCCAGCGCGCUGUGCAGGCCCUGCCCAGCCGGGCACGCCGGGCCUGCUCUGAGCAGGAGGAGCGGCUGCUUCGGAAUGUGGUGGCAUCCCUGGCCCAGACUCUGCAGGAGCUGUCCACCAGCUUCCGGCUAGCACAGUCGGGCUACCUCAAACGCAUGAAGAACCGAGAGGAAAGAGCCCAGCAUUUUUUUGAUACCUCAGUCCCACUCAUGGAUGACGGAGAGGAUACUGCGCUGUACGACCGGGGUUUUACCGACGACCAGCUCAUGCUGGUGGAGCAGAACACCCUGAUGGUGGAGGAGAGGGAGCGAGAGAUUGGCCAGAUUGUGCAGUCUAUUUCUGACCUGAAUGAAAUAUUCAGGGACUUGGGAGCCAUGAUCGUGGAGCAGGGUACGGUCCUUGAUAGAAUUGACUAUAAUGUUGAGCAGUCCUGUAUCAAAACUGAAGAUGGCCUGAAACAGCUGCACAAGGCGGAGCAAUAUCAAAAGAAGAACCGGAAGAUGCUGGUGAUCUUAAUACUGUUUGUUAUCAUCAUUGUCCUCAUCGUUGUCCUCGUCGGGGUGAAGUCCCGCUAAGUGCUGUAGGCUUCCCGUGGUGCCACAUGCACAUGCCCCGCCCAUGGGAGGUCACCAGCCGGCCGGCCAGCUGCGAGUCCAAGAGCAGCCCACCUGGCCACGGCCCCUGCCAGCUGCCUCUGCCGCCAGAGGACGCGUCUGCUUCCUUCCGAGUGGAUGGCCGUGGCCUGGGACACUGCUGUAGGACGGAGGUUCCGUGAUGAAUUAUCACGAGUUGU